AUUCGAAGGUGCAUUGGCAGAUUCGUUGUGGAAUUCAAAGAACACCCUUUUCUCUCUGUCCUAUUUUUGACACGUAUUUGAAUGACUGCUGCUUCCUUUGAAUUAUGUCUUCCUCGGACCAUAUAUAUAACCAAGCCAACCCACUGACAUACCCCAUCUGUGUUCAUCUAUAUUCACUACUUGUUCUUCGUGUCAUACUUCAAUCGGUAUAUACCUCAGACAUAUCUUCAUACGUAAUUCAAGAAAGGACUCGUAAAGUGAUAGUUUUAUUGCAUUAAAUUGAAGUGUUGGGGGUUCUACAUCUCUAUGGGAUUAUCACUUUCCUUACUCUCAUCAGCCUGGGAAGAAAUUGUUAGACGCUCACUCUUUGGUGAAUUUCUCAACUUGAGUUUUGGUUCCAAAGAUGGGGCUGUGAUUUUGAGAGCAGCAAGUUUCAACAAAAGUGAAUCAGAAAGUACUAAGGUGUUGUCAAAGGGUUCAACUAUAACCAACCGUUCAAGUAAGUUGAAGGAUUAUAGACCCCAUAAUGUGAUCCCUGAAAGAAACUUCUCAGAUAUGGAGAUGAUGGGUUCAGAGUCUCUUGCAAAUGGAAGUGAACAGGUGCAGCAUAAGCCAGUGCCUGUUCUUUCUCUUCCUGAAGCAGUAGUUUUCUCUUCCCCAAGACCGGUGAGUGAGCUUGAUGCUGCGGCAACUAAACUUCAGAAAGUGUACAAGAGUUACCGUACAAGAAGAAACCUUGCAGAUUGUGCUGUUGUAGUGGAAGAGCUCUGGUGGAAGGCAUUAGACUUUGCUGCUCUUAAACGGAGCUCUGUUUCAUUCUUUGAUGUGCAAAAGCAAGAAACCGCCGUGUCACGGUGGGCAAGGGCAAGGACAAGAGCAGCUAAGGUUGGAAAAGGUUUGUCCAAGGAUGAUAAGGCUCAAAAAUUAUCCCUGCAACAUUGGCUCGAAGCUAUUGACCCACGUCAUCGGUAUGGACACAAUUUACACAUAUAUUAUGACAUUUGGUUUGAAAGCCAAAGCACCCAACCAUUUUUCUACUGGUUGGAUGUUGGAGAUGGUAAAGAAAUAAACCUUGAGAAAUGCCCAAGGGCAACUCUACAACGGCAGUGCAUUAAAUAUCUGGGUCCAAACGAAAGGGAAGAGUAUGAAGUAGUUGUUGAAAAUGGGAAGUUAGUGUACAGACAGGAUGGGAGGCUUGUGGACACUGAUGGAAAAUCCAAAUGGAUAUUUGUUCUUAGCACUACAAGAUCCUUGUAUGUGGGGAGGAAGCAAAAGGGUGCAUUUCAACACUCUAGCUUUCUAUCUGGGGCUGCUACCACUGCUGCUGGCCGAUUAGUGGCUCAACAGGGUGUUCUUGAGGCUAUUUGGCCAUAUAGCGGCCACUAUCACCCAACAGAAGAGAACUUCAAAGAAUUUAUAAGCUUUCUUGAAGAGCAUAAUGUGGAUCUCUCUAAUGUAAAGAGAUGUGCUAUAGAUGAAGAUGCUCCUUCAAUUAUUGGGACCAAUUCAUUUACCGACACUAAUGAAUCACAACAAAUUAAGGGUCCCAUUACAACUUCCACAAACAUGAACAACAAUAGCAGCGACACCAUUAAUGUAACAGUCGAUGAAGAGGGUGACAAGAAGAUUGAGGGGCCAGUGUUUGACAUGUCGAAGAGGUUGUCAUGCAAGUGGUCCACUGGGACUGGACCCCGUAUUGGGUGUGUGCGUGACUACCCUGGACACCUUCAAUCAAGAGCGUUGGAGCAAGUUAAUCUGUCCCCAAGACCUGCUUCUGCACGCUCAUAUAACUAUGGCCCAAUCCCUUCUCCCAGGCCCAGCCCAAAAGUUAGGAUGUCUCCUAGGCUUGCUUACAUGGGGCUACCCAGCCCAAGAGCCUCAAUUCCUGCUCCAAGUUGAGACAAGUGAAGCGUUGAAGGAUAUACAUAUACACAAAUACAAGUGUCAGCUAUGGUGAUAGUUGAGUUGAGGACAAUGAAAAGAGAGACCAACAAUUUCUCUCUCAUUUUUUUUUUUAGAAUUUGUUUAUUCCUUUAUUCUUUGAAUUUGAAUUCUUGGACUUAGCUGAGGCACAUUGUAUAAUUUACCCUAUUUGUCUGUAGUUUUUUCUUUUGAAAGGCCGUUUGGCUAAUUCUUUACUGUAAGUAAGUACAAAUUUUCUAAUUAAACAUGUUUUAAAUCAG